AUGGGUCAAGGGGAGGAGCCGAAGGCAGGGGAGGGAGAGAAGGCGGAGGCAGGAGAGACGCCUGCACAAGAGGAGGGAGAGAAGGCGGAGGCAGGAGAGACGCCUGCACAAGAGGAGGGAGAGAAGGUGGAGGGAGGAGAGACGCCUGCACAAGAGGAGGGAGAGAAGGUGGCAGAAGGUGGAGACGGAGAGAAAGCGGAGGGAGAAGAGGAGAAGGUGGUAGAGGAACAAGGAGAGAAGGCAGAGGGUGAGGUGGCAGCUGAGGGUGAGAGGGCGGAGGGAGAAGAAGACAAGGCAGCGGAGGACAACGAGCCGAGGAAUGCGUUGGAGUCAGAUGUUCAAGCGGGUGCUGGUGAAGGAGAAGGAGAUAAUGAAGGGCAAUGA